AUGGGGAAUGGAGGAGGCGGCGGAGGCGGCGGUGGCGGCGGCGGCGGAGCGGCGGCUUUCCUCACGGGAGGAGGGUUGCUGUCGGGGAAGAGCGUGAUCUCGGUGCAGAGCAAGCGGCUGGCUGACGAUGUCAACUACGUGUACGAUCGGCAGAUUCUGUACACGAACAAGAUUCAGUUCCAACGGAGCCGCAUUGAAGACCUGACGUUUCGAAUAGCCAAGGCGGAGAAGGAGCUCGAGGAUAAGCGGAAGACCGCCGGGCCCGACAACGCGCAGACCGUUAGGGGCGGCGUUUCCACGACGGAGCGAGAGAUUCAAAGGGUCGAGAACCGCCUCCAGCAGACACUGAUGAAGGCUAGCAUGUUGGACGCGGCCAACGCUCGCCGUAAGGAGUGCGUCAACAGCCUGAGGAGAGAAAAAAUGGCUGAGGCCAAGGCCCAGAAGCGGCUGGUGGCUGAGCUGGAGCGAGCGAGGGCGAUCUGCGCGAGCACCACAAGGGCAACGCAACAGAUGGUCGACGACAAGGAGAAGACUCGGCGAGAGAUCGAGGUCCUGAAGCAGGAAGUCGUCAAGGACCUGGAAUCGUUUCGGGAGGAGUUUCAGGGCAUGACGGAGAGCCUAGCCGCGGCGAAGGAGGCCACUCAAGAAAGCAACGCCAAACUAGGAGAAGACGAAGAGGGGGAGUCCGGCCAGGGGGGGGGUGCCGCGGGUGAUGCAUCGACGGGGUCUGCGGGUGGUGGUCCCCCCGGGGCGGGAGAGGUGCAGCCCCUGUCGAGAGCAAAACGCCUCCACCAGCAGAGUAUAAUGUCGUUCUGGCUGAUCCUCAAGAAGAAGAACGACCUGCAGGCGAAGGCGGCCAGGGUUCAGGAGCUGCGCGCCAUGCUGGAGAAGAUAAGCGACGCGACGAGUCUUACCACUCUCGACGACUUCGUUCCUGUGAUGCUGGAGGCCGAGGAGGAGAACUACAACCUGUUCAAGCUCAUCAACGAGCUCAACAAGGAGUUGGAGGAACUCGAGCACGAGAAGAGCCUGAUGAACGACGAAGUCGACAGGCUGACGCAGGCCGGAAGCAAGAAAAAUCAGCAUGCCGUCAAGCUUUCCCUCCAGCAGCAGAUAGACCGCUACCGCUCCACGGCUAAGGACUACGACCGAGCCUACGGCAGGGACGUCGAGGCCAUCAAGUCCAUCGAGGAAAGCCUUAUCUCCGUCUUCAACAAGGUCGGGUCCAGUGACAAGGCGGCGUCCAAGCAGCUGAUAGCCAUGGGCGUGACCGACAGAAACAUUCUGCUCUUCCUGGCUCAGAUCGAGGAGCAGAUCGACUACAUCGUGUACAACGCCGCAACGGAUAGCACGGCCGUGCCGAACGUCCGCCGUCCCUCCACCCCGGUGGUGAACCAGUCGACGGGGGAGCGCGUGCCGAGCAUGUGCACGCCGCACCCCCCGUCCUCGGACACGAUCGACGACACCCCCCUGGGCAUGUCGGCGGCGGUGGCGGAGGAGGACGCCGACGGCGCCUUCCGCCCGAUCAACACGGCCAGGGUGAGCAGCGUUUUCCGGCCCGAGAUCAGUGUGAACGGCAGGAAGGAAAAAAUGUGCUCCCUUUGCGUGGUGGCGGUAAGCAUGAAGGAGCAGGUACUACGCAUGCCCCAGGGGAUUAACAAGGCGGGCGGCGGCGGAGGCGGCGCUGGGGGGGUGAAGGGCGUCAAGAUCGGAGACGGAAACUUUUCGGGACGCGCCGCCAAAACGGUUGGCUUGCCGCCAGAGAAAUCGCCAAAUGCUAUCAUCGGGGUUAUGGACUCAGUCCAAGACUCGUCCACGUCGGGGGGGGCGCGCGGAGCGUGACAAGGUCAAGACUCGUCCACGGGGUGUUAUCUCGCGAUUUUUCAAGUCGAGUUUCAGGUUGUGUGAAUGGCGAACGAAGCGCAGGAGAGCGCAUUAGAUGUGUUCCG